AUGCCCGUAGUCCUGCCAGGGAAGUCCCUCACUGACCCUUACCGACAAAGCUCCCAGGACACCCCCAAGGGACCGCAGGCGGGCAACGAAGAAAAACACCGAAGGCCCCCGGGGAGGGGCACGGCUCCACAAACCAGGGUUUUAGCAAGGAAUAUUAUAUUUUUCAGUAUUUUUAAGGACUUACUGUAUAUCUGUGUAAUGAAAACCAAAAGUCUUGACCGAGAACUGAUUUGCAUUAUCUUCAUUACACUUAAUUUCCUUGUGAUAUUGCUUCUAAUGAUUGGACCAUUUCUCUUUACAGAUUAUGAAGAUGAGAUAAUGUUAGUGGAAACUGGAAAGUCUGUGGUAGAGGAGCCACCAGCCUCUGACAAGUGUGAGACAAAGGGAGACUCGGAUCUCCAACCUUUCAAUGCUGUGUCAACUAAAGACAUCAAUAAUGGCCAAGGAACCAAAGAAAAACCAACUAAUAUUCCAGCAGCAGAGAAAAUUGAGGACCAAGGAUAUUCCAAAUCAUCCACAGUGGAAGUGAAAGGCGACAUCAGAACUGUGCAUAAAGUUGAUUUGAUGUUCCAAGAGUCGCAGGUGAAUGUGUCGCAGAAUCCUAGUGAAAACACAGAUUCAGUUAGUCAUAAGCACAAUGGCCCUUAUGUAUUUCAUGAUGAGGAAUCCAGUCAGGGUGGAAGAGAUGUUAAUGAAAACUUGGGGUUGUAGGGAGACAGGCCUCUGACAUAGCACUAGCAAAAAAAAAAAAUAAAAAAUUAAAAAAUAAAACUUCAGAAACUAUUAAAGACCCCCAUAUUCCAGUACAACUUUCAAGAGAAUAAGCUUGCCAAGUGUGACUGUUUGACAGAUGUGUGUAUAGACAGACAUUAUAUACAUACAUAUAUAUACAUAUAUGUUAUAUGUGCAUAGAAUAAGAAUGUUCUUGUUUACAAUUCCUUUAGCUUCAUCAUGAGAAUGUUGAUGUUAUGGCUUCUGAAUCAUUGUUAUUUUGUUAUUUUUGAGCUGCUCAUUAACAGGAGGUAGUACACAUUAUAUUACAUAUUCUCUGAUAUGUUCAGCUCAUUGACUGUAAAAUAAAUGAUCUGCUUCACAAAUUAACCAUGCAAGACCACGGAAAUGCAAAGAUCAGUUGUAAUCAAUUUAUCUGUUUAAAGUAAAGUUGGGUAAAGUAUGUUGAUGGAAGCAAUGAUGGGCACUGCUUAUUGAACGCAGGCACACUGUUCCUCUUUUUCUUUGGUAAUAUUUCUAAGCUAGUCAGGUAUGUCAUCCUUGACUUACAGUGAAGUAAAUAUUGCAGAAACUCUAAUGUGCCAUGAACAUGAAGUCAAGUGAUGAAGAGUGCAUAAUGUUAUAAGUCAAAUGAUUACAAAAGUAUGAACUUUUGGCAGAGAGUGUGAAGUUAAUGUAAAUAUGGCAACAUGUUGUUAAAGAUGAUGCCUUUUUGAAUCUCAUAUGUGCCCAAAAGUUAACAAAUUAUUUAAGUGCCAUUUUCCUCUUGUCCAUUUGGACAGAAAUUUAUUAUAAAGUGAACUUUAUAAUCCUGCAAAUAUUCCUUAACUUCAAUUAUUUUUUGGAAGAAGUACAAAGUUGUGUCUAAUUGUGAAUGUGAUGAGCCACUGAUGCGAUGCUGACUGCUUAUCUUAAAAU